AUGCUCCCCUUGGUGUCCGAGAAGGGGGGACGACUCGCGAGACCAACGAAGACCGUUGAACUACGUGUCCGAGGUCUCGACAAGUCAAUCUCCCCAGAAGAAAUCAAGGAAGCUGUGGCGUCCGCCGGGGGCUGCCGGUCGACCGAGGUUAAGGUCGGCCAACCUCGUGCCUCCCCUGGUGGGCUGUCCACAUCAUGGGUGCAGUGCCCACCGACCGCGGCCCAAAAAGUCGUCGAGGCUGGGACGCUCAGGGUCGGCUGGGUACGUGCACCCAUUGAGGUACUGGAGAGGCGUCCUCUCCAGUGCCACAGGUGUCUCCGGCGCGGGCACGUGAUGGCCGCGUGCACCUUUACCGCGCCGGAAGAAGACAGAAGGGGCCGCUGCUUCAACUGCGGCGACAGGGGUCACAGGGUGUCAACGUGCACGUCAGCACCCAAGUGCCCCCUAUGCGCGGAUCUCGGGCGUCCCGCAAACCACCGCCUGGGAGGCAGAGCGUGCGCUCCUGCCCCCGGCAAGGGUAAACGGGCGCCCAAAACCACACAGAAGAGUGGCGUUCAAUCCACCACUCCUCAGGUAGAAGGACCGGCCGCUGUACCAUCAACUGCAGCGUCCUCCAGUGAGGGGAUUGCACCUCCCUCCCCUCCUGAGAGCAGAGCCCUGGAGGAGGAUGUAAUGGACACAACAUAA